AUGUCACAAGAGUCCGAACAACUCUCUACUUCUGAAAAGAACCUCUUCCUUGUAUUCCUAAGAAAGGACCUUCGAGAUAUCGCGGCUGUAGAGUUUAUCAGACACACCAUCCAGUGUACCAGCUUCCCUCCUUGGGCAGAUGCCACUGGCGAUUUGAAGUCCAACAUCAUCGAAGCGACGCCUAAACAGGCAGAAAAGAUCGCGAGCCACGCCGACAUUGUACGCAUAACGCCAAUUGAAGCAACAUGUUUAGAAGACGACACAGACCCCGAGGAUGAUUCAACCAGAACGGUUUACGUCGUUCGUCCUACAAAUCGCAGGGACAAAGGUCAAUGCAGCUAUAUCCAUGCUUCGCUCAAAGAAAUAUUCCAAGAUCAUCUAGAACCUCAGGAACUGGGAUCUCAUCGCGUCAGCUAUUGGAAAGUCAAUUCAACAAACGAGCAGGUGCUGCUGGCUGCAAAGAUCCAGGGUGUCAGAUCUAUAGUCACUCUCGAUCAGUAUCUUUUUAAACAGUCAGAAGCAGUUGUAAUCAGGAAGCGAAGAAUGAUCAGGCCAAUAGCGGUUGAGCAUCAAGAUGAAUGCAAAACCACAGACACUGCUCUCAAAAACCUCGUUGGGACCAAUGUAAUCCCCCGAUUCCUGCAAGAUGGUAGGAUCAGUCACUGGACUGCAAUGCUAUCUUCAGAAGAAGCGAGACAGGCCUCAGCUCUUGAAGGGGUGUUUUCAGUCCGCACAGCGGUGUUAGGGAGGAAUGGUACCGUUUCUGGGUCACCUCCGACGAAUGCAUGCAACAACGAUUGA